GGCGGGGGAGGGCCGGGCAGCGCGGCCGUCGCACCGGCGGCGGAGCGACCCUUCGCCGGGAGGUGCGGAGAGUAAGCGGGGCUCGGGGGGGGAGGGGAAGAGAGGGGGCUUUUCGGUUCUGGCUCGAGGGAGUCCGGAGCCGGCCGGGGCCGGGAGAGGGGCGCGCGGUCCGACGGAGAACGGGGCGAGCGGCUCUCCGCGCUUCUCCGCCCGCCGCAGCGCCGCGUUCCGCGCAGGGCUCGGCGAUGCGGGAUGGGGCGGACGGCCCCGCACCUGCGCUGCUCCGCACGCGCCUCCGGUGCUGCCCCGCUCGGCGCUCCCGCAGCGUCCGCUCUUCGCCUCUUCCCAGCGGUGGGUGCGCUUUCGGAGGGCUUCGGUGCGAGCUCAGCCCGUGCUUCUCUUAGGACUUCUCUACCCCCACGCCGUUCGUUCUUGGUUUGUUUUUUAAUUUAAUUUAAUGUAAGCUUGGAAACAGGAUCUGAACGAACCCUGAAGGUAACGGAGAGGAACUCAAGAAUGUUAAAUUCGUAUCUGUGGCUUUUUUUUUUUUUUUUUGUCCCCUGGUAUGAGGGAAGGAUGGGGAUGUGGCUCAACCGUUGCUUUGGGAAGCGUGGGGUAAAGAGCACAUCUGCAGGCUGCGCUCUACCUGUGAGCCUCCCGGUCGGGGCUGCGCGGUCCCGGCAGCGCAGUUUGCACUCAGAGAACGUCAGUGCAAAACGCAGCCGCGUGCUGACCGUGCUUCAAUCUGCAAAACGGGGUGGGAUGAGAAGCAGCUGCAGCUUCCUGAUGCUUCGCUUGGUGGUGACCGGGCGGGCCCUCGUGGGGCCGUGCAGCCCCGUUUCAUUCUUCAAACAACCACUGAACAGCCCGUGGAGUUUCAGCAGACUGCAGCCAUGUGCUUGAGAUGAUGCUCGUGCCCGGGCUGCGCUGAGCCACAGGUAACUACCGCUGGGCGUGAGGGAGCACGGGGGCACCGUGGGCUGGUGCUGCUCCCCCGGGCCUCUGUUUGGAGAGGGCUGAGUUAUGUUUCACAGAUGACGGCUUCAAAUAGCAGCCGGUGCCUCCAUCUGUAAUCCGGCUGGAAUGCCUGUGGAGCUGGUGGGCAGUCUGUGCGAGGGCAGAUUCCUCACUGCUGUCACUAACGCUGCGGUUGUGCUGCCGAGAAACAAACGGGAGAGCGUGCUGCUGGGUUCCUUUCCUGCCUUCUCCUUCGCUCUGUCCCCGCUGGACUUUCAUUCUUCUUUCUUCCAUUCAGCAAGGUGCUCCCGUAGGGCAUCCGUUGGCCUCGAUCCGAGGCUGGUGCGGAACGGGGCCGGCCGUGCCUCAAAGCGCAGUGGUGUGGUUCAGUGGGAGCGUGCGUGGUGGUAGGGGGUGGUGGGUUUUGUAAGCGAGGUGUUAAGUGUGUGGGGACAUGGUGUGUUUGUUGCAAAGAAGGCAACUGAUUGUUAAUUACACCCCUGCUGGUGUGUACUGAGAGGCAGGAACUGAAGACAGGCACGAUACCAGCUUACCCCCUGAGGUCGCCCUUCACUGCCUGGCCUCCUGUUUGGCGUCCAUGCACGCCCUUCAGCCCCACUGAGGCACUCAUUAGCUGAACGUUUUGCUGGCCUUGGCCUCAGUGCCUUUACCCAAGCAGGUCGGUGGUGCUUGGGGCAGCAGGACUUGGUGGCUUCGCGUUAGGGAAUGAGCAGUCAGAACGAGCCAGGUGAAGUUCAUUUCCCCUCUGACCAAGUGCAAGAUUUCAUGUUAAGAUGGAGAAGCGAGGUGUCGAAAGCCCUGUGUUUUAGCCUCUGGGAAUGUCAGGCUGGGCUCAGCAGUUAGCUAGCAGUACAGCAGCAUCGACUCAGCCUUAGUAAAAAGGCUAAAUGCUGGUUUCCGUGUUGUCUUUGGAGCCCUUAGAGCUGCCCCUUAUUUUCGUCCUCUUCAGUGGAGAAAUGAAAAGGCCUGUGUGCACUUCACAGGAAAUGAAUGUCUGAUACACGCUCGCAGGCUGCUCAUUUCCAAGAACCGCUCUCAAGGUAUUUUGAUAAUGCACAUUCUCUCUGCCUUCUCCCUUCCUGCUCCCCUCGUGCUGCGUGCCGCUGUGCGUUCGCAGACGUGUGUGAGCCCGAGGGGACGGCGGGCUGUGCUGGCAGCGGGCUCACACGCAGGCCGUGGGGCUGCAGGAGCUCAGCGUUGGCCCUGCCCGAGAGGUCGCAGGCAAAGGCACACACGGCUGGCAGCGCUCAGCCGCCUCUGUCUGAGCACCCCCUGCAAAUGCUGAGGGAAAACGUUGACUUGGGUAACAGUCCUUGUGGCUCUGCAGCUCAGCAGUGGUGCGUGUCUGCUUCCUUACUUCCUCGGGAGCGAACCUGGGCUGAGGGAGGUCUGUGCCUUUGGCUGGGCUCCCUUUAGCUGCGUGUAAAGUCAGGGAGGUUUUUAAAGGUGAUGCUAAAUAGGAAUGUUAAAACAAGCCCUUUGCUGCUGGAUUCCUCUGCUGGAGCGUGGAGGGGUGGGCGCCUCACAGGGACGGAGCAGAGAAGCUUGAGAAAGAGGAGAAAUGAGUGCUCUCAGAUCAGCUCUCUCACUUUCCCCAGCAGCAUUUUAAUGUGUGUGUGAUUGGAGUUUUUCCCUUUUAUGAGUUUUAAAAUUACUUACUUUUCAAUCUCGGUUACCUUUGAACUUCCUCUCUUCUCGUUUUAUGAAAGAGCAUAAAAAGAGCAGCCUGAUUGUAGGGGUGCUCCUGCUGCACCCCCCCCCACAUCUCUCUGCUCCAUCUGAAAGCUUGCAGGUGGCUUCCCACCACCCAUCCUCAGGCCCGUCCCCGUUGUCUCAGCUCUGCCUGUUUGUAUUUCAGGUGUGCCAGGUGGUGGCAUUGCCGUCCCCGUCCCACCCUGAGCGCGGUCUGCUGCACCCCACUGACUUCCCGCUGUUUCAGUUUUCCCCGUCUCUUCUGAUCACUCCCCGCAGCCCUGCAGGAUGGAUGCAAAGGGAAGGCUUUGCAAAAACUCAGUAUUGCUGCAUCAAGGCUCCUGACUUGGGACCACUUCCAGGCCUGACAUCUAGCAGCUCUUCCCUAUGGAUGGUAAAUUUCAAGAGACUGAAGGCCACUCUGAAAAGCCCCUGACCACCCAGCAGAGGGAAAUCACAAAAUAACGAGAUCUGCUAAAUACAAGCCAGCCUAAAGGAUGUGCUGAGAAGCCCCUAGAUGUGAAACGUAUGAACCCAAUGGAUGCAGCACUGUAACCUGGUCCCUUGCACUGGCUGGAGGCGACGGAGAAAGCAUGGUAAAUGCAGCGUCUCCCCGGGAUCCAUGGGCUCUUUGAGAGAUGAUCAGAGGGAGGCCAGAUGAUCUGCAAAACACACGCACCACUGUUGCUUGUCUGCAAAGGCAGCAUCGGAGCGUCCUCCCCAGCCCCGCGCCGCCCGGCUUGCCCGAUCGCUUCCGGAUGUUUCGCAGCUGCGAGUGGGAGGUCCUGGAGCGAUCCCUCAACAUCCUCCAGGCCAGUGACUUCUACUGGGGCCCGCUGUCCGUCGGGGAGGCCCACGCCAAGCUGCAGCGGGAGCCCGUUGGCACCUACCUGGUGCGGGACAGCUCGCAGGGGAACUGCUUGUUCAGCCUGAGCGUGCGGAUGCCGACUGGGCCCGUCAGCCUCCGCAUCUCUUUCCAGGAGGGCUAUUUCCGUCUGAAGAACUGGUUUUCGGACUGCGUGGUCCGGCUGCUGGAGCUGGUGGUGGCGGGGACCCGCAACAACCCCUUGCACUUUGAUGAGAUGGGGGGAACUCCUCUGGUCUUCUCCGAGCCCUUGUGCCGGAGCCGCCGGACUGUGCCCACGCUGCGAGAACUGUGCCAGCGGCACCUGCCCGCUCCCACCGCUGCCAUGCGGACAUGCCCACAGGAGGCGGCGGUGUCACCCCUGGAGGGGAGCGUGGUCCCCAAUCCCUCUGCAGCCGGCACUAGGAGAUGAUGCCGGGUGUGUGGAGGUGAAGGGAUGCACACGGCCAUGCUGGAGAGGCUGGGCUGGCUGCUCGGAGGGGCAGGGUGCCUGCGCCCACUGGCUGCAAAAGCUGUGUCUUCAAACAUGCACAACGUGCCUGACCUUCCCCCAUAUGGCUGGGGUGAAGCCAGGCCUGAAGAGCAGAUCUUCCCAUCCUCAAGUCCUGCUCUUGGCUCCAGUCAUGACUAAUAAGCUUGAGAACAGGGCAAGCUGCCUGUCCUGCCAGGUCAGCCCCACUACCCAAAGUGCCUAAGCUAGUUUAUGCUGCCAGUGUGCCUUCGUGAAGCCAUAUGGCCCCGCAGCGCUGCAUCCCAGGUAUCGGUGGGCACGGGCCACAAGCUAACUGGAGGCCACAUGUUAACAGGAGACCACGUGGCUGUGCCUGAGCACAAGUACAAGACCUGCCCCUUCAGAGAUCAGCACUUUUGGGGAAAAAACGUUGCAGCCAUGUACAAAUACGUGCAGCUUGAGUGGCUUCUGCAUUGCUUUAUUUGAACAGGUUUUUGGGAGUGCAGAUGAGUUACUUUAUACUACGGGCAUCGUGCUCCUGGGAGGCAGGUCUGAGGUCGGUUCUGCCCUGCAGGGUGUGAGCAGACCCAGUCCAGAGCCUCUUGUCCUCCUCAUCUGAUAGUAUGCUGCUGCCACCUAUGGGCUACAAAAAGGUAUUUUGUUUUGCCUCGAGAGGAGGCAAAGGAUUUUUUAUACAACUCCUAAAUUUUAAUAAACAUGUUUUUGUACUUAUUUUUAA